UAGCAGCCCCAGCUAAUCCGGGCUAACAGCUAACGGCUAACGGCUAGCUAGUGGCGCUAUGAUGGCGGAGCUGGUGCAGGGACAGGCCUCGAUGAACCAGCCGGGGCUGAAGUCUGACGGCCUGGCCGAUGUUUUACAGAGGGCCCGGCAGAUGGUGGGGAAGAUGGGCGGAGAAGCAAUGUCUCACCUCAACAGCUCCUCAGGAAGUGUCGAGCCCUCGCUGUACUACCCCGGGCAGAAACGACCAGGAGAGGACGGAGUAGGUAACCAGCUAGCAGCCAUGGGUCAUCAAAGGGUAAUCACAGAGGAUUACAAGGUCCCCGACAGAAUGGUCGGCUUCAUUAUUGGAAGAGGAGGUGAACAGAUCACCAGGAUCCAGUUGGAGUCUGGCUGUAAGAUCCAGAUCGCUGCAGACAGCGGAGGUCUGAUGGAGCGGCCAUGUUCCCUGACUGGAACUCCAGAGAGCAUCGAGCAGGCGAAGCGGCUGCUGGUCCAGAUCGUGGAUCGCUGUAGAAAUGGUCCAGGUUUCCACGGCGAUGGUGAAGGCGGAGCCUCUGUGCAGGAGAUGCUGAUCCCGGCCAGUAAGGUGGGGCUGGUGAUUGGCCGAGGAGGAGACACCAUCAAACAGCUGCAGGAGCGAGCGGGGGUGAAGAUGAUGAUGAUCCAGGACGGUCCGAUGCCGACGGGCGCUGACAAACCUCUCCGCAUCUCCGGGGACCCGUACAAAGUGCAGGCAGCGAGGGAGUUGGUGUUGGAGGUGAUCAGAGAGAAGGACGGAGAUUUCAGGUCGGGACGCAAUGACUUCAGCGCCCGCCUGGGAGGAACCAGUUUGGACUCCGUCUCUCUGCAGGUCCCAGUCCCCCGGUUCGCUGUCGGCAUCGUGAUCGGCAGGAACGGAGAGAUGAUCAAGAAGAUCCAGAAUGAUGCAGGAGUCCGAAUCCAGUUUAAAGCAGAUGAUGGUAUCAGUCCAGAGCGUGUUGCCAUGGUGAUGGGUCAGCCAGACCGCUGUCAGCAUGCUGUCCACCUCAUUAACGAGCUCAUCCAGACCGCACAGGAGCGUGAUGGUUUCGGCUCGGCCCUGCGGGGUGGGAGGGUCAGAGGUCGUGGUGAUUGGACCAUGGGCUCUCCAGGUCCGCUACAGGAAGUGACCUACACCAUCCCUGCUGACAAGUGCGGCCUGGUCAUCGGCAAAGGUGGAGAAACCAUUAAGAGUAUUAACCAGCAGUCUGGAGCUCACGUGGAGCUGCAGAGGAACCCGCCCCCCUCCACCGACCCCAACACCAGAGUCUUCACCAUCAGAGGCACCGCCCAGCAGAUGGACCUGGCCCGCCAGCUCAUAGACGACAAGAUCGGGGGUUCAGGUAUUAUGAGUAACGGAGGGUUUGGCUUCAGCCCCUUCACCCAGGGCCCCGCCACACACCAGAACUGUGGCAGCGGUCAGACCUUCCUGACUGGCGUUUGGGGAAACACCUAUCAGACCAGCUGGCAGAACCCUGGACAACAAGACCCUGGUCACAGUGUGGCUCAGACAGGACAGAUGGACUACUCUAAAGCAUGGGAGCAGUACUAUAAGAAGCUAGGUCAGCAGAGCCAGCCGCAGAGCUUGAUGACAGACUACAGUAAGGCCUGGGAGGACUACUACAAGAAACAGAGUCAGUCGUCUCAGCCGAGUUCGGUGCCAGACUACACUGCAGCGUUAGCAGAAUACUACAGACAGCAGCCCUACCUGUGGAACCCCGCCCAGAUACAGGAUCACUAGAGGCUCCUCCCUCAUCGGAUGGUCGUCGACGGCAACCGAAUCGGGGUUUCCUAGCAACGCUCUGCCGCUUCCUCCUUCCUUUUGUAGAGAAAAACUAAGGAUUAACUGAAAAAUCACGAACUCUUUUCUUUCUGUUUUUUAACCUUACAAAGUUGAUAUUUUGUCGGGCAGAUUUUUUUGGACUAGCCUCUGGUCUCUCCACAGUGUAGACCUGGUUUUUCUUUUUGUUUUAUUUUUUAUCAAACUUGAACUUAAAGAUGUAUCAGUGUGGCUUUGAACAAAAAAAAUCCAGUAUAAUCUAUAUUUUGUCUAGUUUAUUUUCCAAUAAGAAAACGGUAUAAGGCUUAGCAGUCUUGAGUAAGAAAAUCAGAUAUUAUUAUUAUUAUUUUGUUUAUGAUAAUGUUUUAAAGCAUGCGUCAGAUUGUGUGUGUUGACUCUCAGUUAUUAUUUUUUUUUAUUUUGGCAUAGAAAUAUUUUAAUAGCGUCAGAUGGAAAUUCAAUGUUUUACCGUCAAAGACAAAACUGUUUUUUGUACUAAAUUUGUGCUCGCUGGGUCUGUUUGUUCUCUAUCUAAUUUUACCUGUUUAGUCGCCAUCUUGGAGGUGCAAUGACGCGUUUGUUUUCUUUUGGUUUGAUGAUAGUUCUUAUUCCUGUAUCUCUAUAGUGAUUCUUUAGUUUUUAUGAUGUAAUGAUGAAUAAAUGACGAUUUAUAUUGCGUUGUCUAAAGCCAGAUCUCUCUGUGGUCAAACAGUUUGUGUCCUACACAGGAUUUAAACCUCCAGCUGACACCGCGUUUCCCCGCCUCAACUUUCAUUACAAAAACUGGGGAAAAGACUAUUUUCUUACAAAGUGAAACUUUAUUAUUGUUGUUGUAUCUUAGUUCUGCAUUUCUACUUUGCUGAUUUGUUUGUAGAAGAAGUGUUAGGAGCUGAACAAUGAAGUUAUUGAUUCUAUUAGCAAUGUAGUGGCUAAACUAGCGUGUUAGCUAAACACGCUAGUUAGCUCAACGAAUGAUGUUUGUUAGCAAAAAGAUGUGCGUUACCUCAACUGUUUGUUAGCUGGAUGAAUGUGUGGUGGUUGAACUGUUUCAGUUAGCGGUGUUUUUUAGCUGAAAGGUGUCUCUUUGUGAAAAGAUGUGUCAUCUGAACAAUAUGUGUUAAUGUUAGCUGUAUGCGUUAGGUUAGCGGUGAAAGUUAGCUUUUACUGAACAUGCACGUUACAGAUUUUUGUUUGCUGAAUGAAAAUAGAGGCUGAACUGUUUCCUUUUGUUAGCAGAGUCUGCUGGUUGUGUCGCUGUCAGCUAAACGUGCACUAAAUUUGCCACAGUUGUGACAUUUUACGACACUGCGUGUUCAUGUCAGCCUCGUAGUUGUAAUUCUGGAUUGAAGAUAUUGUGAAUUUUGUACAUCUAAGAUAUUCCACAUUUUGAUUAGAGAAGAGAAACAUUAAAUUAUUGUUCCAAAGAACCGUCACUAGCAUUAACAUUUAAAUAAAAUCAAUUAACGUGAAUUUAUUCUUGUAAUUGGAUCCCUCCUAGCUUCCACAAAAUGGUCGCCAGUCGUCCUGAGGACCACACAAAAACAAUAAAAAUUAAAAUUAAACGGUGUCAGUAAAACAAUGAAUAAUAGUGUAAUAAUCUUAACAAAACGCAGCAAUACAACAAAACAUACUUGUAAAAAAAGAUUUCAAAACGUCAAUUUUCAUUUCUGUGACUUUCUGAACAAAAAUCUACUUUAAGUUGUGUGAUAGCAUCUAAUUUUACACAGUCUGUCGUAACAAUGUAAAACAAUAGGAAAAUAGCUUAUUUAGGCUUCUAUCCAUUUACCUACUGUAACUACAUGGCUAACAAAGGGAGCAACAACCUUGUAGUAAUUUAAUUUGAUCCCUGAUUCUCCCCACAUGGCACGAUGCAGCAUUAGCUGAAUAUUCAGUAGCUAGUGUGCAGGCAAUAAGAACAGGCUAGCUAAACUACACGUUAGCAAAACUGUGUUUAGUAGCUUAAUGGUGCUGAAUGUGCGUUAGCUAAAUGGUGCAUGUUCAUUAGCUUGACUAUUUUGUGUGGUAACUUGUAGCUAAACUUGUGUGUUAGCCAAACGGUGUGUAUGUUAGCUGUAUGUUGUGUGUCCGUCGAGGCUAGAUAAGAUUCUCGAAGAAAACGUCAUGGUUAUUUUUUAUUCAAAUGGAAACGGGGAAUUUUUUGCUUUUCCUUAUCGAACCCACCUCUGAACGGGAUUUUGGAUUUACCAGUUAGCUUGUUUAAAACGUGUAACACUUGCGAACAUGCACAUUUGUGAUUUUGGAGAUGUUUUCGUGGCUGUUUUUUACAUGUAUGACUGUGAAAGUAUUUUUUAGCUUUUCCUUACCAACAGGAUUUUUUGUAAAUCUACGAAUCAACUUGUUUAUGUUUAGAAUUUGUAAAAGUUGCUAGUUAGAAUACAGUUACCCAGAACAUCGUAAAUUCACAGAGACGUUUUCGUAUCUUCGUAGAGAUGUAAUCCAGCCUGAGCUGUAUGUAUGUAUGUUAGCAUCAUGGGUCGUAUGUCUGGUGUGUUUUUUUGUGCAUCAGUUGAGCGUUGUGUGUUUGUUACCGGAGUGUUGUGUGUUUGUUAUCUUAGCGUUGUGCGUUUGUUGUCUGAGCAUUGUGCGUUUGUUGUCUGUGCGUUGUGUGUUAUCUGAGCGUUGUGUGUACGUUAAAUGAGCAUUGUGUGUUAUCUGAGAGUUGUGUUUGUUAUCUGAGCGUUGUGUCGGACCACAGAGAGGUUUGUCUUGCGUUGAGGGAGAUCUGGCGGCUGUUGAGUUGAAUAUUGAAUCAGUGGUUCUGCUUCUUCUUGUAUGUGUGACGAUGAUGAUGAUGAUGACGAUAAUAAUAAUGACGACGAUAAUAAUGAGUUCUCCUGUACAGGGGUCUAUUUAAAUCUCUUUAUCCAGUUUUGAAUAUUCAGUUUGUGGAUAAGAUAAUAUGGUUUGUGUAAAUUUCCACUCUCUGGCGGGUGCUCUCCAGUUAAACAUGUACUUUGUUAAAAAUGAUAUUGUUUAAUUCACAUGUUGUGUCUAACCAAUUUGCAAAGAGAAGCUGAGUAUGUGUUAUUUUCUCAAGACUGCUAGGCUAACUGUCUCUAUCUCUUCUUGUCCGUCUGUCUCCGUGCGUCUGGAAUUCGCCACAUUUAAAAAGUUGGCGACUUUUCAACACGUCUGUAAUCGGACCAUGUGAUUACAGCUGAGCGUUAUCGUCGCAGGCGUGUUGAACAGUCCCACAGCUCGUUAACGUGGCUGCUCCGAGACGAGGAGAGCUGUAGUGAGGGGGUUUUACUCCCCGAAAAAUAAUUAUAAAUCACUGGAGUGGACGGUGUCCUGGUGUCCAGCCCCAGGUCAAGCUCAGUGUGGACUGUUUGAACCCGCGUUGGGUCCAAACCAAUCACACCGAGCCUCCGAGACGUCCCAGAACCAGGACUGGACACGACGUCACCUGUCCACUCUGGUUUAGAUCUUCCUAGUCCCGACCCCUCGUCCUGCAGGGGUGGUGGGGAGCUUUUUGGUUUCUUGGUUUCUGUUGUUUUUCUAAUGGACAGACGUCCUAACUGUAACCUGCAGAUUUUUCUAUUAGAUUCUAUUGACAGAUAGAGUUGUGUAUGAACCCGAGCCACAAGACUGUCGGUGGCCGAGGAAGAGGAAGAUGGAUGAUGAUGAUGAUUAACAUGAGGGCUAAUAAACAGGCUCAUUCUUUCUGA